UAUAGAUGUACUAAAUGUAAAGAACUGUAUUAAAAUUAUCUAAUGUACCGGCAAAGUUCAUCUUUCAUGUUCUUAAAUGCGUUAUAUUUUCUAUUUUUUUUACAAAUAUCUGAAAAUUUCAAGAUGAAGAAAAAGAAUAUAGCAGAUGUUGAAUUGUCGUUGAAACCAGAUCGUGAGUUGAUUAUCGAUUAUCACUUCUUGAUACUGUUUAACGAUUUCAAGACAAUCGACACUGUGGAAUACCGUUUUACUAAAUCCGAUUACGAUUUAUUAUCGUCAGAAUGUCUGUCACAAUGUCUAGAGAAAAGUAGUUCCGUCGUUAUGUAUAAACGAAAAAUGCAAUCUUUGCAGUGCACGAAUGGUGCGAUUGUACGUUAUAUUUUAAACUAUCUUGAAGUCAUGAGAAAUUCCAACACAAAAAUCAAACUCGAGGUACUGGAGAAGUACAAGAAGCAUUUAGGACGGGCAUUAUCGGUCAUGUAUUUCGGUCGGUCUUUCGUUCACAGAUGGCUGCUUGUCGUCUACAUCAGACUGGUGGCAGCCGUCGAUGGAGACGAAGACAUUAACGGUAACAUUUUAAAUGAUCUCAUUGACGACAAGGAAAACUACAGCCAGGUGAUCACGUUCAUCGAUAACUGUCGAAAGUUCCAAUACUUGCCUGAACCGUACAAAGGUACAGACUACGUUGAAAAAUACAGACAUAUCAUUGACUCCAUGUAUCUUGUGUACGAUAACAAUGGUUUCUCGUAUGCUUAUCAGUACGAACAAUUGUUCACGUUUGCCAACUUUACACUGUCGAAAUUGUUAAGUAACGAAGAUGAUAUACACGGACUGGUCCGUUUGCCUGUCACCGGAAAACGUUGGAAGAACAAAAUUGAACGCUUGCGAAAUCACAGUGACAAGCUAAGAAAUGUGGCUGGUACACUGCAAUGGGUACGGCAGCCGUUCAACUAUAUUGGUUUUCAUACGUCGUUCGUGGAAAUAGUCUACAUAAAACUGAUGUACCACACGUGGUAUCACAUAAAGACGUACCAGAAAAAUAUCAAAUAUAAAAUAAUCUUUAAACAGCAGACCCUGCAACUUGGAUUAAAAAAAAAAUUAAUAGAUUUUUGGGCACUUAUCUACGAGCCUCUGGCCGAGGCCAUGACGGUCUUAGACAUAGAAGAUCAUUUUUUUUGGACCCUGUACCGUAAUUUCUGGAAGCCCGACUGGCUAUUUGACAAAAACUAUGUCUUUAUUACUGCAGAUACGGCAACCAAACUACUUAGCAAUCAUUUGGAACUUAAUGAUAUAUUGCGCGUCGUGUCCUUUCCCGAUGUAUUAGACACAUCUGAUGCAAACGUCGGCCAAAUAAGAUGUAACGUAGAAGAGAUGAGAGCGUUUACAACGACCGUUAAAAACCUAUUGGAUCCGAUUGACAUGCGUUUCGUGAAACUAUACAGUAGAGCAAAGGACUGGAAAUUAAUUCCUAUUCAUUUAAAAUCGUCAAUUAAAUAAAAACAUGUUACUUAUUUUAACACUGGGAGCACCUCCGAUACCUUAGGCGCCCGGAAUGAUACUGAUCACUGAUAAUAAUUUCAAACAAUAUCUAAAUGUUAUCAAGACCUUACAUUCGAAAAAAAAUAAAAAAUACUGAAAGUGUAGUAGAUAAUAGUAAGGCAUAAAGCUAUGACCAAAUAAACAUUAAUACAUUUAGCGAACCAUAAUGAAAAAUUAUAAAUAUACAAACAAUUUUAUUUAAAUACUUUGAUAUGACAUAAUGUAAUAAAUUAAUU